AUGCUGGUGAAAGAGGUUGAAUUUGAAGCUUCGAGAAGCAAGGGUACAAUAAAUCUCAAAGCCGACGGCAACAAUGAAUCCGAUGAUAUCUAUCUGAAGCUUUUAAUCAAGGUAUAUCGCCUUCUAGUAAGAAAGCUUAGGAGAGAAAGCAAGUUCAAUCGUGCUGUACUCGAUCAAUUGAUCAUUAGUAAAGACAACCAACUUUCAACAAUUUCUUUGACACGGUUGAUUGAUGCCUUGAAGGACAAGGAGGGCAAAAUUGGUGUUGUUGCAGGUGUUGUAACUGAUCUUGAUUCUAUCGUACAUGAUGUCCCAGCCAUUAAAGUUGCAGCAAUAUCUUUUACAGCAACAGCGCGUGCCCGGAUUGAAAGUGCAGGUGGUGAAUGCCUUAUAUUUGACCAACACCCCUUUGCUGAUAUCUCUGGACAUAACUCGGGCCUUGUGAUGGAGUCAACAACAUCUUGGUGGCCGGACCUCUCCUCUGAGGACUAGUAUAUAUAGGAGAAUGACAGUGUGAUUUUAAUAAUUAUUAUUUGUUUUUUUAAUGACAAUGCGAGUCAAUUUUGAUUUUAAUAAUUAUUAUUUGUUUUCCUAAUGACAAUGCGAGUCAAUUUUAAUAAUA